AUGCAACCUAACUUUUCAAUACCGGUCGAUACGGUAAUUAUCAAAGAUCCACUAGCCGAAAAAGCAAGUACGACACUUUUGAACUCGUCAAAUACCAAAACUCAACAUCAUCUGUAUCAUUAUUGGACAUUGAAUGAACGUUUAAGAUCGAAAAAUGAAAGAUUAGUCAAAAGGCAACAGUCUUCAUGUCGUCUGGCCUUUUAUUGUCUAUGGUUAUUUCUCUUCGGCGGUAUUUUGAUUGUCCUUAUCUAUCGUUUCACCGAUGAAUGUUCACUUCUAACGAUCGAUCGAAAACAGCUAGUUUUAAGGUGUUUUCGUCAUCUAUUUCUUUUUGCUGCGCUCUCGUUAAGUUUAUGCGCAUGUACCGGAGUUGUGUGUAGUAUUUGUCGAUAUUUUCGAUCUCAACCGAAACAAUUCCUUGAUGACGAUGAAUAUAAAUCUUAUUUAAAGAAAACAAAUGACGUUUUAGUAACCAUUCCUCCCCUUCAUGCGUAUUCUUACGAAACAUCGAUGACCAAUGGAACAUCGAACUUAUCAUCUCAUCGUAUAUCGCAUCCGUUUGAUGAACAUUCGAAUACAACGAUGAGUUCAUCCUUACCGAAUGCAUCACCACUACGAAAGAUUCCUCCAUUUACGUAUGAAGAAUUUCCAUCUAACCAAAAACAUACACAUGCAGUUUUGCCAAAUGUAAUUGUCACUUCGAAUCCUUUAAAUCCAAGUAAAAGUGCAUUUUUCUCCUCGUCAACAUCUGACUUAUCAUCGCCGCAAUCGAAUCUUUCAACAACUAUAAUAACGAAUAAUAUUCCUCGUCCAACCGCAAUGAAUUGUAAUAAACAUAAACCACCAUCGACAUAUGAAGAUCCUUGUGCAAGUACACCCACGUCGUAUACAACUUGUGCGUGUGGUAUCGAUGUUUGGGAACGACAACAGAGUUCUAUGUCUCGACCUCCACCACAUUGA